UCCUCCGCCGGCAGCUGCGGCAUUCCCGGGGCGGCGGGACCGGCAGCGAUCCGCCCCCCGCGCACGGCCCGGGCUGCUGCGAUCUCCGCGGUCCCCGGUCUUUGCCCGAGGCGAGCGCGGUGAGGCGGGGGCCGCUCGCCAGGCCCAGCUCCCCAGCACAGCAGCGAUGCCGGCAGCCCGCGCUGGGCCGCGCCGGGCCGCCCUGCGCCCGCAGCAUCGCGGCGGCCCGUGUGCGAUGAGCCGCCCACCCUUGGGCACCUUCUCCGCCCCGCUCGCCUCCUCCUCCCACGGAGCCACCCUCCUCCUCCGCCCCCUCUCCCUGCCAGCCUCCUCCCCGCCCUUCCCCGCACUCCACGCCGGUGCCGGAGCCGCGCGUCACUCGGGCUCCAGCCCCGCGGCAGACAUGGCGACACUGACAGCGGUCCAGCCGCUCACGCUGGACAGAGAUGUUGCAAGAGCAAUUGAGUUACUGGAGAAACUGCAGGAAUCUGGAGAAGUACCAGUACACAAGCUACAGUCUCUAAAGAAGGUGUUGCAGAGUGAGUUUUGUACAGCUAUCAGAGAGGUGUAUCAAUACAUGCAUGAAACCAUAACUGUUAAUGGCUGCCCCGAAUUCCGAGCCAGGGCCACUGCAAAGGCAACAGUUGCUGCAUUUGCUGCGAGUGAAGGCCAUUCACACCCGCGAGUGGUGGAGCUGCCAAAGACUGAGGAAGGCCUGGGCUUUAAUGUCAUGGGAGGAAAGGAACAAAAUUCACCUAUUUAUAUUUCUCGUAUCAUUCCUGGAGGAGUGGCAGAAAGGCAUGGUGGGCUCAAACGUGGGGACCAGCUGCUUUCAGUUAAUGGAGUGAGUGUGGAAGGAGAGCACCACGAGAAGGCGGUGGAGCUGCUGAAGGCGGCCAAGGACAGCGUGAAGCUGGUGGUGCGCUACACUCCCAAGGUGCUGGAGGAGAUGGAGGCUCGCUUCGAAAAGCUGAGAACAGCGCGGCGCCGGCAACAGCAGCAGCUGCUCAUUCAGCAGCAGCAGCAGCAGCAAACUACACAGCAAAACCACAUGUCGUUGUUCUCGAGAAAGAAGAAGCCUCAAUCAAGAGUUCAGUAAUCAGGCAACCAGAGCUGUACUCUUCCAGCAAAAGAAAACAACUACAGGAACAUGAAACAGAAUUCAUCUGGAGAAUGUACAGUACCAGACUAAAGUGAGUUGUAGGGAGGGCACCAUCAUGGUAAGGCUUUUCAGCACACAGUGGUCACAGAUACAUUUGCUUCUGUGACUCUGUUCCCAGUGAGAACAGCAUGAUUGGUAAACCCUAUGAAACAGCAAAGUCCAGGGCUUCCAAAUAAUUCUGUUUGAUCUCCUCUUGCACUCCUUACUCUGACAAAUUUCUAGUUGGCUUUCUCUAGGCACUGAAAGUUUUGUUUAGGGAGGCUAAGAUUGGCUGCUUUUGAGAGCAGGAUCUUUCUCUACAGUUAUCUCCAAAAAUGAAAAACAUCAGUUCAAACUUUUGCCACAGACAUCAAACUUGUACAUCACGCUUCAUAACCACUUUGUACUAUAUCUGGUAGAGCUGUUUUAACCUAACUUCCUGUUUAUAAUUUUCAGAUUUCCCUCUGGAAAUAGCAAUUUACUAUAUUUAUAAAGUAUUCCAUUUGUAGAAGCAAUUGGCUUUUUACUCUUGGUGUUUCCAUAUAUUUUAUUAUGCAUCAACAGAGUGAAAAAGUUUUAGGUCAACUUUAAUUUUAUUAGUAGUAAAGUUAGGGAAGCCUAGAACUGUAUUUUUAAACGUAGGUAUUGCUUGUAUCUAUUAUAGUUACUAUUCAGAAAUCUAUAACUGGACAUAUUAUAUAUUUAUUCAAUAAAAUAUAUAUUGUCUGAAUGUACCUGUUAGAGAAGUAGGGUCUUUGCUUAGCAUGUAUUGCAAAUGUAGUAAGCUAAUGUUAGCAAAAGACCAAGCUUUGUUUGGCAGAUAUUACUGUGAUAGCAUAAUCUCUGCACUUCUGUAUUGUUUAAUUUAUUUUCCAGUCUAAUGUUAAUAUAUUUCAGAGAGGAGGAAAUGUAAGUUGUUUCUUUUAGGACUCACACAUUAUCAUUUAAAUCAAUUUGAAAUUACAGUCUGACUUUUUUUUUAAUUAAACUGAACUGGAAUGUGCAAGUAAAAUCUGUAAGUUCUUAAGUUUACAUGUCUGCUUUUCCAAAGAAGAUAGUCAAAGCUGGAGGGCCAUAAAUGUCAUCUGCUUUCAAGAAAAUAAGAAAAUGGAUUCUCAAAUCCUUAAAAGAAGAUCAUUUUUACAUGCCUUCUAUGCUUCAUUAGAAAAGACUUGGGGGAGAAAAGGGGAUUAGGGGAAAACCAUACAGUCAUUGCAUGUUGGAAACUCCUGCUGAUGUCAGUGAAAGUUCAAUAAUGUGCAGAAUGGAAUGUACAAAUGGUCAGAAACAGUGUUCUGGUUAUGAACUUGGAACCAAGUCAGAAGCAAUUAAUAUAUUGGAGGGUCUAUUCUCAAACAGAGAGAGACAAAGCAAAACAGGGUAAAUUGGCAGUAUCAUAGCAUAUGUUAGAAACCAAAUGCAGGCUAGCCAACAGACUUGACAGUGUUUGAUCAGUGUAAGUAGCCAUUGAAAGGAAAUUACUGUAUGUUUAAAACCAAACAGCAUGAAUUCAUCUAGAGAAGCCUCGUUUUAUACAGAGAGGUAAUUAUAUUCAGUAAUCAUUGGUGACAAUACCAAUUAAGAGCGUGGAGCUUGAGAACUACCAGAACUGAAGAUGAAAUAUAUUGUAUUGUGCUCUGCACGGUGUCUUUUUAUACUUAAUAAAAUUGUAUGUACCUAUUUUAAAACUGUUCUCAAACAGGCAUUGCUGUUAAUAUUGAAAGUUUUUAAGUUGUUAUUAUGACUGCAUAUAACGGUCUUGUAUCUCAUCGGUAUGAUUAGGAUUACCCUGAUAGCUACAUUUUCAGAGACCAAGUAUUCAGAUUUAGUCAGCCCACUGUACUGCAUUUUUCCAAACCACCUCUCAACCUCCUUCCCUCCUCUUCCUCAAAAAAUUUGAGUGGAAUGUGCUGAUUAAUAAAUUUCAAUAAUAGACUGUCAUUCAUAUAGAGAAGCAUAUAAAAUUCAUUUUCAUAUAUUAUUAUUCAAUAAAUUAUUUAUACACAUUAAAAUUAACAUUCUAGUCUUUACCAACAUUUAACAGUAAGAACUGUCAAUGACUUUGAAGUGAAAACAGGAAGAAAUAGCUUUCUGUUGCUUUUCAUGCCCCUUACUGAUCAAUAAAACAUACAGCUACAUAAUCUCAAAAUAA